AUGCAUCGUUGUAGUGUUUUUACAAACUCUUGUCUGGGAGUUCCUGUAGAUCCAUUCAGUAAAAUGCCGAAAACUGCUUACGAAAGAAGGGAGAAAAAUAUAAUAAAUGAGAAAUUAUCCACUGAUUCAUCGACAACUGUUUCAAUGUCUGGAGACGAUUAUGACACAAAAAAAUUAAAAGAUUUCUAUAGCAGUAUACCUGAUUAUAGUGACAUAAAUCAUUUACCUGCGAGUGAAUUUUAUUCCACAUUAAGAUCCUUACGGGAAAAAAAGAAAGUGAUGUUGGGUUUUGCAAUAGAGCACAUUAGCCGUGAAAAACCUUCUGACGAUCAAUAUUUAGAUUCCAUGACUACAACUCAACCAUUACACAAAGAUAUUAAAAAAGAAAUGAAAUUGCCGCAGAGGCGAAAAUAUUCUCUUGAGAGGGGCCGUGAUAGCAUUACGCAGAAUAGUAUGAAAACUUGUUCUGAAAACGUUACAAAAAAUCACCAGACAAAAACUCUUAUCGAUCCAAAAAAUGCGUAUGGAGUAGACGUAAAAAGUGGUGAGAACGUACAGAUUAUUCCUAAAUCUAAACAAAGUUCUCUUAUUGUUACUGGAACUUCAAAAACUGACCGCCCAAAGAGAAAUCAUUCAGCGUGUUCUAUAACAUGGCAUGAUGAUAAAAUAGAACGCAAAAAUGAAAUUGAUGAAAAAUUUGACAAAUUUUUUGACAGGGGAUGUUAUUUAAAUGUAUCAAAUGAAGGAAGUGAGUUUCAAACACAAAGUAUGCCCACAAGCCCUUUACGGACAAAAAAGGUCAGACAGAAAUAUUAUAAAAAUAUAACAAUAACGAAACCGUUUAAAAUGACUGAAAGAGAUGAAGAGGAACGUAUAGUAAACGAACUGCGAACAAUUCAAAAAUCUUUAUCUGAUGACAUGCUGAAUCAAAAAUUGGAGAGAAAACCAUUCAAGGCGAGACCAGUACCGAUAGAAUCGAGGAUUCCCUUGUACGACAAGAUACUGGAGGAUCAGGCUAUAAGGCGAGCCAUAACUAAAAUAAAUAGCGAAGCAGAACUAAGAGCUCAAAUGAAACCAUUUAGUUUUACUAAACGAGAAGAAAAUGUCAAUAAUAAUGCCUGUGAAAGAGCAGAACAUUCAUUGCCAAAAAAUAAGAAAAAAAGGCGUUUCAAAGCCCGACCUGUGCCUAAAAAUUUAUUUUCCAAUUACUUUUACGACAAAAGCAGAGAAAAUAAUUUUUUUCGGUCUAUGAAUAAGAGAAUCAGAGCUGAAGAAAUGUUACGGAAUGCUAGUGUUCCUGGAAAUAUGGAAAUGCGAGAGCGUAGUCGGCUAUCGACCCCUGCGGCCCACAGUGAUUUACCGAUUGAUCCAUCGCUAGCCGGGGCGUCGGUGUCAUCGGCUGACAAUCCACGAUCUAUAAGCCCGACAAAAGGUUCUAGAAAAUCGGCGAAGAACGUUAAAGACAGUUUUAUCACGACCAGUCCCCAACCAUUUCGGUUCAAUACAGCUGACAGAGCAAAUAAAAAGAUGCAGGAUAUACAUAAGAAGGUAUGUCAAGGUAGUAAUUGCUCCGAGAGUUCUGGUCAUCAUGGCAUAAGCGAAACAACUAAAGCUUAUUCUGCUCUUGACUUAAAUAGUAUCGCAGUUGGAAGAUCCAACUUAGCUGCUUUAUUACGGGCUGAGGCCGUACGAAAGAAAUUUGAACAAGAAGCCGCAAGAUGUUUAUCGGAGCAACGCAGAAAAAGAGAGUCAAAAUACAGAGAUCGUCAAUUAAGGUCGAAACCUGCCUGGCAUCUUGUGAAGAAUAAUCACGAAGAGGACAUAGCAAUGAGGCUUCAAACGCGUAGAGAUGAAGAAAGGCUGAGAAAAGAGGAAUUUCUUCACGAAAUGGAAUUAAUGUAUGGACGAGUUCAGCAGCAGCCAUUGUUAUUUGAAAGAUAUUAUGCACCACGACCUCCAAAUACCGAAAUUGAUUUUUCACUAUUGUCCCCUCGUAAGAGCCCCAAAAAGAAAAAUUUGCGGAAUAAGAAGAUAUGUCGUAUUGUAACCCCAUCUAGAUCUUCGGAUUUUCAAGAUGACACAUUCAAAUAUUUAGAAAAACUCGAUAAAAACGAUAAAUUUUAUCAGGAUCUGGAUAUUAUUGAAAGUUUGGAACGAUUAUAAUUGAACAUUGAAUCGAAAUAAUCAAUCGCAUUAAUGUUGUUUUUGUUCCA